GUGUGUAUUGUUGUUUUGUAGGGUGUUUUUAUGCCGUAGUUUGUAGUUAGCGAGUGUACGCACAAGUUGUUCGUGUAAUGUGUGAUUAUGUGUAGUUUUAGAUGUGUGAGGACAGUUUGAAUAUUUUGUUACGACAGUGUUUUUGAAAUCAGUGAUGUAGUGAUUUGGAUUUAACAUUUUACAGUGUGUUUUGAACAGAAUAAUGGGUGGUUCGCAUAGCACGAAGAGUGAACCUCCUCCAAUGGAGGGAACUGGGACUGUUCAGAGUAAAGCCCAUGGGAAUAGCAUAAGAUCCAGCAUACGGGCUAAACAACCAAUGCCUGAUUCCAGUGAACUAGAAAGAAGAUUCGCCAAAGUUCUUGCCUCCAUGGACCUGCCCCCCGACAAGGCGAAGCUCCUGAAACAGUACGACGACGAGAAGAAGUGGGACAUCAUAUGCGACCAGGAACGCGUGCAGGCAAAGGACCCGCCCGCGCACUACCUCAACAAGCUGAGGACCUACCUGGACCCCAAGGCCUCGCGCAGCUCCAGGGCUGCUCUCAAAAUGAUUGAUACUAUCUGCUUUCGGUCCUUCCAGAAAAGGAAGAUGGUUGGAGAUGCAACAUCAACUCAAGUACUGAGGGAUUUGGAGAUUUCACUACGCACAAACCACAUAGAGUGGGUGCGGGAGUUCCUGGACGAGAAGAACCAAGGACUGGACCACCUCAUAGAGUACUUGAACUUCCGCCUGAUCAUGAUGAGGCACGAGCAGAGGAUAUCGGAGUCGCGCACCAGCUCGGAGGAGCGUCUGCCCGGCAGUGCGCCGGCAGGGAGUCCCGGGAACAACGGCUACCUGCGACCGGCGCUGGACAUGAUGGACAGCCCCGGGGUGAGGAGGCGCACGAGGCACGUGGCCAAGCUGAAGAUGGGCGAGGCCAAGGACGACAUACACGUGUGCAUCAUGUGCCUGCGCGCCAUCAUGAACAACAAGUAUGGCUUCAACAUGGUGAUACAGCACAGAGAGGCCAUCAACUGCAUCGCCCUGAGUCUCAUGCACAAGAGUUUGAGGACUAAAGCAUUGGUACUAGAGCUGCUAGCUGCGAUUUGCCUCGUGAAAGGGGGCCACGAGAUCAUACUGUCUGCUUUCGAUAACUUCAAAGAAGUUUGCCACGAAAGAAGACGUUUUCACACGCUCAUGGAAUAUUUCAUAAAUUAUGAAGUUUUUCACAUAGAGUUCAUGGUGGCGUGCAUGCAGUUUGUGAACAUCGUGGUGCACUCGGUGGAGGACAUGAACUUCCGCGUCCACCUGCAGUACGAGUUCACCAAGCUCGGCCUGGACGAGUACCUGGAGAAGCUCAGGCACACGGAGAGCGAGGAGCUGCAGAUACAGAUAUCUGCGUACUUGGACAACGUGUUCGACGUGGCGGCACUGAUGGAGGACAGCGAGACCAAGACUGCGGCGCUGGAGAAGGUGGCGGAACUGGACGACGAGCUGGGUCAUGCCCACGACCGGCUGGCGGAGCUGGAGCGGGACUCGCUGGCCAAGCUGGCGGAGCUGGAGACGCAGCUGGCGGCCGCGCGCGCGGAGCGGGACGAGCUUCUCGAGGCGCGGCGCCGGGUGGACGAGGAGGUCACCACGCUGCGUCGCGCCGUGGCCCAGCAGCAGCAGGAGUCGCGCAGCCGCCAGUCUGUGCUAGAGUCCAAGAUCACGCAGCUCGAGACCCUCACCAUGACCCUGCCCCGAGACGGCAGCUCGACCAACGGGGAGAGCGUCGUCGCCCUGCCCCCGCCCGCCCCCGCCCCUCCCCCCGCGCCCGCGCCGCCGCCCCCGCCGCCCUGCCCGCCCCCUCCGCCCUCCAGCAAGGGGCUGUUCAGCGCCCCUACGCCGCCGCCCCCCGCCGGCAUGAUGCAGGCUCCGGACGGGGCCAUGACCAUCAAGAGGAAGGUGCAGACCAAGUACAAGCUGCCCACGCUCAACUGGAUCGCGCUCAAGCCCAACCAGGUGCGCGGGACGAUCUUCAACGAGCUGGACGACGAUCGGCUGCACGCGGUCAUAGACUUCACGGACUUCGAGGAGCGCUUCAAGCUGGGGCCGGGCGGGGCGCUGACCAACGGCACCUGCGAGGCGGACGGCCUGGGCAGCUUCCCCAGCAAGCGGUUCCGCAAGGCGGAGAGCGUGUCGCUGCUGGAGCACACGCGGCUGCGCAACAUCGCCAUCUCGCGCCGCAAGAUGGAGCUGCCCGUGGAGCGGGUCAUCGCCGCCGUCAACGCCCUCGACCUCAAGAUGCUGUCCCUGGAGAGCGUGGAGCUGCUGCAGCGGAUGGUGCCCACGGACCAGGAGAUAAAGGCGUACAAGGAGUACGUCGGCCAGAAGAAGAACGUGAACCUGCUGACGGAGGAGGACAAGUUCCUUCUGCAGCUGGGGAAGGUGGAGCGCAUAUCCACCAAGCUGGGCAUCAUGAGCUACAUCGGCAACUUCUUCGACAACAUCCACUUCAUCAUGCCGGUGCGUCAGCGGGGUCAUGGUUCCCGUUUCCCACACCCGUUCAUUCCGUCGAUACUCAGAUAUAAUUUUUGUGUUCUGGACCAUCGUCGAAGCGAUGCGGUUUUGAGGCAUGGAAUUGUAAUGUCUGUUAUUCUGUAAACGAUUUUGGCUGAGUGGUUUUUUAAUAUUAUAUGAAUCUCCUUGUGUGUUCUUUCACGAACAUUACUGGUGUGUUCUAUUCUGGUUUCGUCGGAAUGGUAUUAUAGUGCUUCCUAUGCUUAAUGGAAUGCAUAGUAGUAGAAUACUACUAUCAUUCCAUUGAUACUCUAUUCUCAUCUAAAUUACUCUAUAUCGUCUCCAAGAUCUCGAUGCUGUCCAUUCAUUUGUUCAUUCAUUCUUGCUGAGUUUACCUGUUUACUGGGCGGGAUUUGCAUCUUUCCCGAAAUAUGUUGGGCGAACAGUUAAUUUUUCACGUUUCCCGAUUUUUUUUUCUUUCUGGAAUUAUACAUUUACAUGUGCCAAACUUGUCGGCAAACUAUUUUCAAAUAAAGCACUGCACUAUAACCUGAUUUGAUACAUGCAUGCAGUUGAAAACGCAACAUUUUUAGCAUUUCAAGCUCAAAACUAUUAACAGUGACCUUAAAUAUUCACACGCACUAUCAUAAACAACCACUUUUCAGCAUUUUAAACAUAAAUCUCAUUCAUGAUUGAUAGUACAAAUUUUAGACAUAUUAAACACGUAAUGAACAGUUAUUUGUUUGUCUUGUAUCACGUACAACUUUCAGGAAAAAAAUUUACAUAAUUGACCAACCAUGGCCUGUAUAAACACAAAAACAGAAUGUUGUGCUAUGGACAGGUGAGUUGAAACUAUGGUUAAAAUCAUAGUUACAAUUAAUCUAGCAUGUUCACACAAUAGUAGUGUACUUGCUGCUUUUAUCUAUGAGUCUGUAGACAUUGGGACUUGCGCCUUGAAAACAAUGUACUUUGGGGUCCUCAUUGUUGCUACAGGACUAGAAAACCUGGAAAAGUCAGGAAAUUUUAAACUGUCUGGAAUUCCGAGAAAAGUCAGGGAAAUCGCAACUUAUUUCUGGAAUUUAUUAUUGUGCUAAAAAAAGUAAAACGCAAAUACUGCUUUCGUUGAUGUUUAGGCACCUCAAGAAAUUUGGAAACGUUUAAUAUUAUGAAAUUCAGUUGAUUUUCCUUCUUUUCGUGAAUUCUCAGGCUUUUUUCAUUAAGCACUUUUUUACAAAAAAAAGUAUUUAUGGAUGUUUACAUACAAGUUCGAUAACAUUUACUCAUUGUUUCAGGAGAAUCAAUAGUAAUCGUUUGCAAAAACACAUAUUUCAAUCUCAAUUGAUUUUAUUUUACUAUGCGGCCAUUCAUUUUGAUGGUCAUGUAUCGUCGAUAAAUAAUCCAGAAUUUAUUUACAAUAAUUCUGGAGAUUACCGGCUUGAUUUAUAGAGAUAAAGUUACGAAGCUAUUCCAAAAUAGCACAAUAAUUUUAUCAUUUGCGAUAAAAUUUUCAUUAAUAAUUUUUAUUGCGUUAAGGAUAUCAAGACCGACAUGUUUUCAAGGGGAAUAUAUUUGUGAUUUCUGCAAUGUUCUUAUAGACUGGAUGUGUAGGUAAUGCUUAUGUGUUAAUGUUAAACAAAAUAUAUGAAAUGAAACACCAGACCGCACAUGUUUUAAUGCCGAUAGGGAAAACAGAUGGCAUCUGGAAUCAUUUAGAAUUUUAUAAUAAAAAAAAUGAUAAACACAAAAUAAAUAAUUGUAGUUCAUAUUAUUUGUAAUUUAAAUUACAUCACAGAUUUGGUUAUACUAGUUAUUCUAUUAAGUGUUUCCUACUUCAGUACUAUUAAUUUUUCAUUUGACAUCAAAUUUUAGGUUAGGUUAGCUGUAAUAGGCAAUUCAUAACCAAUCUUUCAAAUGUGUUUUAAGUAUUUUUAAUGUAGCUAUGCAACCCGAACCAAAUGUCUUCACUAUUUUAAAAUAUUUUUAAUGUUGCCAACCUAUUCCAACUGAUUAAAAUGUUAUCACACUAAUUGUAAUAUAUGAGGUAACCUAACCACUCAAGAAUGGUAAACUACUUGUAAACAAUUUUAAUUAUUGGAAAUUGUGUCAGGGAGUAAAAAUGCAACUUAACAACAUUUCCAGAAAGAGGGUUUCCUUUAG